AUAUUUUUUGACAUAAAGCUACCAACAAAUGACAACUUCGGCCAAUUCUUCGAUGAGGCUUUGAAUUACAAACACAAGUUGUGUGAGCGAGGAGCAUUGUAUCGACCACCCACAAUUAAUGCAAAGCUCACACAAACCUUGGUUUAAUCCCCCGCCCCAAAAUUUCACUAAUUUGGUGUCACAGAAAGCUUGUAUAUAAUCAACACCAAAGGUUCAACCAUCAUCAUCCCCCCUUUGCUUGCAUCGUCUCUUGAGCUCCAUCAUCCUUCAACCCUCCAUGGCUUCUGUUCUCUCUUCAUCUCCUCUCUCAAUGACCCUCUCGGCCGCCGCCCCAUGGAUCCAACCUAGACAGCUCAAUGCCAUGAGCGUCUCUAUGGUUAAUGGGCUAAGGCUCCCACGAAGUAUUCAACUCAAAGGAGUUACAAAGAGCUCACUUCCCUUUUCAAGACGUUUCAAGUCAAAAAUCUCAUGCUCCGUUGCUCAACCGGAGACCCUAGAGAUCGUUCAAAACACCAUAGCCAAACAGCUAUCCAUCGAUGAGACCACCGUGACUCCUCACACUAAAUUCGCUGAUUUGGGAGCUGAUUCACUCGACACCGUGGAGAUUAUGAUGGCAUUGGAGGAGGAGUUCGGAGUGUCCAUCGGAGAAGGUGGAGCUGAGAAUGUUUCAACCGUUCAAGAUGCUGUUGACUUGAUCGAGAAAGUCAAGGCAGAGGCUGCUUAAUAUCUUGGGUUUUUAUAAACCAAUUUGGAAUUUUCUUUCUUUUUUUUUUCUUUUUUUUCUUUUUUCUUUUUUUUUUUUUGCUGAGUGGAGAUGACAGAGAAUGAUUAUCUCUGGAUGAUUGAGUUUGGAAUUUGAAUAAAUGUUUUAGUGUUCGUUGGAAGUUGUUUAUUUCA